UGUUUUCCUUUUCUCCAAAAAAAGUUACGCAUAGGUGGAAAUCAUUGUUUUUCGGUAAUUUGCGUCGGUUUUCCGAUGUAUUUUUUGUAUUUAUGGUCCAGAUGAAGCUAAACAUGGAAAACCAGAACCAACGAUGGACCAUGCGGAGGAUGCUAGGUAUUGCUACCUUAGUGCUGCUGGCCGGACAAUGUUCUGCCUUCUACGUGCCCGGUGUGGCUCCGGUAGAGUUUAAAAAGGGUCAGAAGAUUGAUGUGAAAGCCGUCAAAAUGACCAGCACCCACACGCAGCUCCCAUACGAGUAUUACUCGUUACAGCUAUGCUUGCCAAAGAAUGGAACGGUAGUGUACAAAAGUGAAAAUCUCGGCGAAGUUCUGCGCGGUGAUCGUAUCGUCAAUACGCCGUACGAGGUACGGAUGGCCGAAAACAUUCAAUGUAAAUUGCUGUGCAAUUCGAAGGAUCGGCCAAUGAAUUGGGACCAUGAACAGUCGGCCAAGGUGGCCGAACGGAUACGUCACGAAUAUUUUGUCCAUUUGAUCAUUGAUAAUCUUCCCGUGGCCACAAAGUUUGUUAAUCCCGAUACGAUGGAACUGCAGUUUGAGCACGGUUACCGUUUAGGCCAAACCAACGGUCCGAAUGUUUUCAUUAACAACCAUUUAAGAUUCCGGUUGUUUUAUCAUCUGCACAGCGAAAAUCAGUAUCGCGUCGUCGGAUUUGAAGUAGAAACACUUUCGAUAAGCAAAAACUCGUUAAGCUUCGAUGGCGACACUUGCAUUUUCCCAGACAAUCCCAAACCACAAGCAGUCACACCAAACGGCAGGACGGAGCUUUUCUUCACUUAUUCGGUGGUAUGGCAAGAGUCCUCCGUCAAGUGGGCCUCCCGAUGGGAUAUUUAUCUUGGCAUGAACGAUGUGCAGAUUCAUUGGUUCAGCAUCAUCAACUCGCUUGUCGUCGUAUUCUUCCUAUCAGGUAUACUUACGAUGAUAAUGGUCCGUACACUUCGCAGAGAUAUUGCCAAAUACAACACAGAUGAUAGUAUCAGCAUUGAAGACACUUUGGAGGAAACUGGUUGGAAGCUGGUGCAUGGCGAUGUGUUCCGUCCUCCACGACAUCCAAGACUGUUCGCUGCUGUCAUCGGAAGCGGCAUACAGAUAUUUUUUAUGGCACUCAUCACGAUUAUUAUUGCUAUGCUCGGAAUGCUGUCGCCCUCUUCCCGUGGGGCACUGAUGACAGCCGGUAUAAUGUUGUACGUGUUCAUGGGCCUAAUCGCUGGAUAUUUUUCUGCUCGACUUUACAAAACGAUGAAGGGUCGCAACUGGGAACGAGCUGCAUUUCUGACGGCCACGUUUUAUCCCGGUCUCGUUUUUGGCACCUGUUUCUUUUUGAAUUUCUUUAUCUGGGACAAGGACUCAAGCGGUGCCGUUCCGUUUGGUACGAUGGUAGCCCUGUUGCUGCUGUGGUUCGGCAUAUCAUUACCGUUAGUGUUUUUGGGCUACUACUUCGGUUAUCGGAAGCAAGCUUUUCAACACCCGGUGCGUACGAAUAUGAUUCCCCGUCAGAUACCGCAUCAGCACUGGUACAUGAACAUUUGUCUGUGCAUUCUAAUGGCCGGCAUUUUACCAUUCGGAGCAGUUUUCAUCGAGCUGUUUUUCAUCUUUUCGGCCAUAUGGCAGAAUCAGUUCUAUUAUCUUUUUGGAUUUUUGUUCCUGGUAUUUUGCAUACUAGUCGUAAGCUGUUCCCAGAUAUCAAUCGUGAUGACGUACUUCCAGCUAUGUGCUGAGGACUAUCGAUGGUGGUGGAGAAGUUUUAUCGUUUCCGGAGGAUCCGCUGUGUACAUACUGUUCUAUAGUAUAUUUUACUUUUUCACGAAACUCGAAAUUACAGAAUUCAUACCGACGUUAUUAUACUUGGGAUACACUGGUCUCAUGGUUGUAACGUUCUACAUUCUCACCGGCACGAUAGGAUUUUUCGCAGCGUACAGUUUUAUCAGAAAAAUUUAUGGAGCUGUAAAAAUUGAUUAAAACAGUACGUAAGGGAUAAAAUUGACUUCAACACUUUUGAUAAAAUUAAAUCAGUUAUGUUUUUGCAUUAACCCUUCAACACGAAAGUUCAACACAUUUCUACAUUGCUGUUGAUCAAGCUCAUUACAUAAAUUCAGUGAUUGAACAUGCCACUAGUAACGUUUAAUUCUUUUGUGAUAGAGUGCAUCGAACAUACUGAACACAAUUAAAUGUUUAGCGCGUAGGUUCGAUAUGAUGCCGCGAAAUGUGUCGCGACUAUGUUGGCAAUUGACUUCUAGUACCAGAUCGCAUUAAAAAGCGAAUUGAGUUCGAUUCAUGGUUUUGUGGUUGCCUAUGAACCAGACACAUCGAACACAUUGCUUGGUUCGUAAAACUAACAGUAAACUUGUUUUCGAUGAGUUUAUCGCAAAUACAACUGUACUCGAGCGCAUACAAGACAAUUCAUUUCAAUUGUAGCAUUCUAGGCAGACAUGUGGCCAGAGGUGCGUUUAUCCAGAAAGUUUGCUAAAAAGUUGUUUUAAUUUAGCUUUCAUCAACGUGAAAUUACGUCAAGACUCUGCAAUUUUAGUUAGUUGUACCAUAUGCUAAGACUAAAUGUAACAAAACGGUGAAAUAGAUAAAUAAAUCACAAUCU